AUGGGACGCCCCAUCGGCUUCAGGCCCGCCUGCGCGCCGCGCUGCGAGGCGCCCAAGCGCCCGGCCUCGCGCGUCCGGGCGGCUGCGCCCGCCCUCGACGCGCCGGCGGGCGCGGCGCCCGCCGCCAGCGAAGCAAAUGGGGACGCCGCUGCCGCCGCCGCGGCCGGCCGGCUCGUGCGGUUUGGUUUCCCGAAGGGCAGCCUCCAGAAGAGCACUGAAAAUCUGUUUCAGCGCGCAGGCUUUGAGCUGAAGAUAUCUGAGCGCGGGUACUUCCCCCGCAUCGACGACGAGGAGCUGCAGAUGGUGCUGUUCAGGAGCCAAGAGAUCAGCCGCUACGUGGAGGACGGAGUGCUUGACGCCGGCAUCUGCGGCUACGACUGGGUGGUGGAGAACGGCGCUGAUGUGGUCGAGGUCUGCGAGCUGCCCUACUCCAAGGCCACCUCCAACCCGGCGCGCUGGGUGCUGGCCGUCCCGGAGGACAGCAGGGUCCAGGGGCCAGAGGACCUGGCCGGCACCAUCGUGGCCUCCGAGCUGGUCAACACCACCAAGAAGUUCUUUGCUGAUCGGAACAUAGCCGUGAAAAAGGUGGAGUACAGCUGGGGUGCCACCGAGGUCAAGGCCAGCCUGCCUGGAGUGGGCGGCAUCGUGGACAUCACCGAGACGGGCUCCUCCCUCAAGGCCAACAACCUCAGGGUCGUGGCGACGAUCCUGGCGUCCACCACCCGGCUGGUGGCCAACAGGGCGGCCUGGGCCGACCCCGCGAAGCGCUCCAAAAUCGAGGACGUCGCGCUGCUGCUGCUGGGCGCCAUCGAGGGCCGCAACAAGGUGGGGCUGAAGAUGAACCUGCCGCGCAGCAGCCUGGAGGAGGUGUCUGCCUGCCUGCCUUCCGAGCGGUCCCCCACCGUCAGCCAGCUUGUCGACUCUGAUUACGUAGCCAUCGAGGUCGUCCUCGGGGAGAGGCAGGCGCCCGCCCACGGCCACUCAUUGUGGGCCCUAGACGCGCGGCCGCCGAGGCCGCGCAUCACCCGCGCCGCCCUGCGCGCCGCUCCGCGCUGCCCUGCCCGUGACAUCAUCCCCAUCUGCAAGCGCCUGGGCGCCACCGGCAUCCUGUCCUACCCUAUCAACGUCAUCGUGCACUGA